AUGGCUGACUUUGGAGAAACAUCUACCCGCGAGCUGCGAAAAGCAAGCACAGCGAGCGGACGUGCUUCUACGAGCUCUCGAAGAUUCUCGCAAAAUGGCUUCCCACAAAGAAGAAAGAGUCUUCCGGGCUCGCCAACUCUCGUUCGUCGGAACAGUAGUGCUCCUACAACUUCGACACCGGCGUUGACAUUCAAAACAUUUCUUUACUCCUCGGCCAUCGCUUUUUUUGUGAUUGUCUUUCUGUUUGUCACCAGACCAUAUCUGCCCACGUCAAUUCCACUGGGACAACCAGGAGCAUUCAAUGUGUCUGACCCUGGAGCGCUUGUAAAAGAGUUUGCCUCUUUACUCUCAGACGAUGAAAUACAAUUCAAUUUCUCUGCAAAGCUGGAACCUAAUCAAAUUGGACUGUCGCCCUCGGGAACUGGUGCGUUGAAAAAGUUAGCAAAUGUCCCAGUCUGGGCGCAAAAAGAGCUGCCUUCCCUCUUCAGGCAUGCCGAUGUAUUGGGAGAUGCAGCAAGGGCAACAAAUACAAAGGUUCAGAAUGUUGUAAAUCGCAUCCCAGAGGCUCUUGCACAGAACGUAGUGGUGGAUACACGCAUCAUUGCAAAGAAAAUUGCAAGUAAGGCCGGCAAAUUAUCCUCGACUCUUGGAGGCGCAGAGAAUGAAGAGUUAGGCCAGGAAUUCUCAGCAUACAUCAAGAGUCUACAAAUCCUCCUCGAAAACUCGUUCGAAAUCAACAUCGCCUAUGCAUCGCUGGACCAACUUCGACGCACCUGCCAAAAUUUCAUCAAAGAGACGCAAAGACAAGACAUCAAAGCUAGAAGUCAAAUCUGGAAACCGAGCCCUGAAGUCCAAGCAUGGCGAGACACGCUAAGCAAUCACUCAAAGGACCUUGCAGACUACGACCGCAAUGUUCUGGCAGUGAUUAAUUAUUUCGACGGGGUACAGACUAACGCCAAUAUCAUCAAACAUAAAAUCACUUCGGCACUCAGAGAACUGGAGAAGCAAGAACCAGGGGAACGUCUUCCCCUCUCACAACGCGCAGCAAUUGCUGAGUCUCUACAAUAUGCUGCUGGAGACCUACACCUGGUUGUAGCGCACAAUAAGAAGCAAAGGGACAGUUUCUUCAGAGAGCAGUGGUUGGCUAGAAAGAAAGCCGAAGUGGGAAAAGGGUAUAAUGGCUUUUUUGGUUUCUUCAAGAAGAAGCCUGUGACUGUGGUCGCGGAAAAGCCUGUUGAGGAGCUUUAA